AUGGCAGUGAUGGACUUCUUCGGCUGUGCCCUCCUUGCCUUCGGUCCCCCCUUGGCAUUGUUCACAUUUACAGUAUCAGUGGAGCCAAUUAGGAUAAUUAUUCUGAUAGCUAGUGCAUUUUUCUGGUUGAUAUCGCUGCUGCUGUCGUCUAUUCUGUGGUAUGCAGUGGUUCCUUUGCAGAAGCAUCUGGCCUUUGGGCUCGUUUUCUCGGUGCUCUUCCAGGAAGGAUUCAGGUUCCUUCUUUACUGCGUCCUGAGGAAAGCAGAGAAAGGUCUGGAGAAGGUGACAACAGCGCAUGUGGCCGACAGCAGACACAUAUUCGCCUACGUUUGUGGUCUGGGUUUCGGUUUCAUGAGUGGUGCAUUUGCCCUCGUGAAUGUCCUAGCGGACGCCGUUGGUCCUGGGACAAUGGGUCUUCGUCAGGGCAACGAGUACUUCUUCAUCCUAUCAGCAGCCACCACUCUCUGCUUCAUUCUCCUCCACACAUUCUGGGGCGUUAUAUUCUUCUCAGCACUGGAUAGAAAAAACUGGGGACAACUCGCCUGGGUGAUUUGCUCACAUUUAUUCGUGUCGUGCAUGACCCUGCUAAAUAAACUCGAGAUCUGUGGUCCUAGCCUGCUGGCAGCGUACACUGUACUCACUAUCACUGCAGCGUUGGCAUUCAAGAUAGCUGGUGGAAAGUUCCAAAACAUUCCCAUGUGUUUCGCGCGAAACUGAAGAAGUUGAAGAAUUCUAUAGCGAAGUGGUCAGUCGAUUUUUUUGGUAAGCCCAUCGCGAUUUUUAAUUACGAUUGUUCGAUUUUCCCUUUUUCCAAUUUUUCUUGGAAAUGGUAUAGACAAUACACGUAUACCCGCCCCUAACAAAUUUCGGAAUAUUUUAAUUGUUAAAUUUUUCACUAGAAAUGUUUAGGCGCUCUCUAGAGAUUGACAUAUUCCAAAUUUCCUUUAAUGUAAUUGCUACACAUCCAUUCGGGUGCACACUACCAAUCAUAUUGGUAUUAACAGAACUCUAAUGAUCACUUCGCUACUGUAUAGGGGAAACCCAGGGUGAUAUGGACAUAUCUAGAAUUAGAGAUAUGUCAACAUUUUUUAAAUAUCGUACUUCGACCUGCGUUCUAUUGGCCCAGUCAUUUUAUUCAGCUUCGAUGUCCAUUUUACCCCGGCUUGUCCCUAUUUGUCCCAACUGUAACAUCUACAUGUUGACCAGAAGGAUGGAUACUCUAAUGCAGGAUUGAUUGUAAUUAUUUAUUCGUAUGAUUCGAGGAGACAGAUUUUGUGGAAUAGUCUGGUAUUUUUCAAGAUUUUCAUAAUAAAAUCAGUUUUUUCUUUAA